UACAUUAAUUAUUAUUGUACAUCAAUUAAAAAACAAUUAGCUGGCACGGCCUAAUGACGUGCUGUAGACAAAUUUGUGUCAGAAAAACAUUUCUACCAGCACUAGAACUAUUAAACAUGGACAAAAUGGAACUGCUGCGGAUCUGGUGCUGUCUCGUGAUCAUCUUUGUGCUCAGCAGUGCACUGGCUGAAUAUCUGGUGCGCGUGGAUCAGUUUAAUUUUGAGGUCGAGGAUCGGGAAUUGAUUGUAUCGCAGAGCACCAGCAUUGAACAGGAUGGAAAUCGUAGCUAUCUCUCCGGGCAUUUGAUCGUGGGUAAGCCCAUCAAUGAGAUUUCGAUGCUCGCUUCGAUGGACAUUUCGCGCCCAAGUUUGCCGCGAGUGCGCCUCUUCGCUACGAAAAUGGAUCUGUGCUCAUUUUUCAAUAACGACUAUAAAAGCAAAUUUGUGCAACAGUUUUAUAACAGAUACGUCAACUUUAUUAAUGUUCGACCACGUUGUCCGCUUCAAGCGAACGUCAACUAUUCACUGCAGCGCAGCUACAUAGAUGAGCGAAUUCUGCCCGAAUUACUGCCAGAGUGCAGUUAUUUUCUGAAGCUGGAAUUUCGGAAUAAGACCAAACACUUGGCCCAGGUCCUUAUUUCGGGCCAUAUAACUCCCGUUGCAAGCAAAGUGCCAACUCCAAAGUUUCGUGUAAAAUUUUAACACCAGUUUUAAAGCCUUAAAGAAAAGAAGUAAAAUAUAUACACGCUUUUUGGUGGCAAACAA